AUGAUGGAUCCAGAGAUGCUGCGGCUGGCGCAGGAGCAGAUGCGCCGCAUGUCCCCGGACGACAUCGCCCGGAUGCAACAGCAGCUGAUGUCUAACCCUAACCUCAUGAGGAUGGCGUCUGAGAGUAUGAAGAACAUGAAGCCUGAGGACUUAAGGCGGGCUGCGGAGCAACUGAACCAAACAAGACCGGAGGAUAUGCGUGAUAUGACCGAGAAAAUCGCCAACACUACUCCCGAGGAGUUUGCUGCUAUGAAGGCGCAAGCAGACGCUCAGAUGUCGUAUGCGAUAUCUGGUGCCAAGAUGUUAAAGAAGCAGGGAAAUGAACUUCAUAACCAGGGACAGUAUUCAGAUGCUGCUAGCAAAUACAAACUUGCCAAGGAUAACUUAAAAAGCAUACCAUCAUCCACGGCGCAUACUCUGCAGUUGCAAUGUACCCUUAAUUUAAUGGCUUGUUACUUGAAAACAGGCCAGUAUGAGGAAUGCAUAAGUGAAGGUUCAGAGGUUCUAACUUAUGAUUCAAACAAUGUCAAAGCUUAUUAUCGGAGGGGUCAAGCGUAUAAAGAACUUGGGAAGUUGGAGGCGGCUGUUGCUGACUUGAGUAAAGCCCAUGAAAUUUCCCCAGAGGAUGAAACUAUUGCUGAGGUUCUAAGAGAUGCUGAAGAAAAACUUGCACGGGAAGGGGGAGGAGUGAGCACACGGAAAGGUGUUGUUAUUGAAGAGGUUGUAGAAGAUGACGCUUCACAGCCAUCAAGCAGUCAAAGAAGUUCUCCUGGGUAUAUUGUUUCACAACCACCUGAAGUAGCAGGAAAUAUUGGGCUGUCAGGAUCUCAAGAAAGGUCAAGGGAUGAUCCUGCUUCUAUCAGGUCAUCCAAAAAUUAUGUGUCCAAGAGCGAUCCUGAAGGCUUAUCAAAGUUCGGAAUUGAAGGAAUGUCACCUGAACUUGUCAAAACUGCCACUGAUAUGAUUGGCACAAUGAAACCAGAGGAGCUUCAGAAAAUGUUCGAAGUCGCUUCUUCAAUGAAUGGCACUAGCUCCGUUGGUCCAAAUCUGGGACCCAAUAUGCCAGAAAUGUCUCCUGAUAUGCUUAAGAUGGCAUCUGACAUGAUUGGUAAUAUGUCUCCUGAUGAGCUACAGAAAAUGAUGAGUUUUGCUUCUCAGAUGGGUGGGCCUGGUGGUGCCCCCAGGAGAUCAGAGAAUAGUAACUUUGGACCUUCAUCGAGAGCUACAACAAGUAUUUCAGCCCGUGGAUCAUCAUCUGAACCUAUUUUGGAGAACCCUGAUGAACUAUCAAAUGACCAAAGGAUGGGCCAGUCGUCUUCUAGUCUUCCACCUUCUACAGCUGAUAUGCAAGAAACCAUGAGAAAUUCUAUGAAAGACCCUGCAAUGCGGCAGAUGCUUACAUCCAUGAUGAAGAACAUGAGCCCUGAGAUGAUGGCAAAUAUGAGUGAGCAGUUUGGAAUGAAGCUGUCAAAGGAGGAUGCUGCAAAAGCGCAACAAGCCAUGUCGUCAUUAUCUCCAGAGGAUUUGGAUAGAAUGAUGAGAUGGAUGGAGCGAGCACAGAAAGGGGUAGAAGUCGCGAAGAAGACAAAGAACUGGCUCUUAGGCCAGCGAGGCUUGAUCCUCGCUAUUGUCAUGCUGAUCCUAGCCUUCAUCCUUCAAAAGCUUGGGUUUAUCGGCAGGUGA